UAUACAUCCCGCGGAAACGAGGCGGUGAGGCGCUUCACUGAAACGUUCAUUUCUUUUCCGGAGAACACGUGCCAAUGGAAUGCGGUCAUACGACCAAUACAUUUCGCAAUCAUCAAUCGAACGUCCUCACGCGUGCUCUCCCACACCUCAGACUAAACCGUCCAUCACCUCAUAUCUGAUACUCGAGGAUGCAGUCGCCACAAGUGUCAUCAGUUCCAUUGCCUGCUUUACGUGGCUGGCAUCCAGGAGAACAAGCCGUUCAGGCCAUCAUCCAUCUCCCUGAGCGGGUUGCAAUCACCGCGAUUGUGGAUAGGUUGCCCGAACAACAUCGCAUCUUCCAUACAAGUCGUCUUCAUUUCUUGCCUGUCACUACUCUUGAUCAGCAAGGAAGACCGUGGGCAUCUAUUCUUUGCUCAAAUGAUGGGAUGCCGAGUUUUAUCUCGUCCCCUACCGAUGCUUCACUGACAGUUAAAGCGCAUCUAUGGCCUGGGGAUCCAAUUAUCCAAAACUGUUCUGUUCACCUUCAUGACGGAAAGCCACUUUUUUCCGGGAUUGGGCUUGAGGUUGCGACAAGGAGGAGGAACAAAUUCGCUGGCCAUAUAUCCAAUGUUUCAUUCCGAGGUCUGGACGUCGAUCUUACUCUCGCAGUCACCCAAGCCCUCGGAUUGUGUCCUAAAUACAUCAAUAUCAGAUCGCUUACUCCAUAUCGCGGGGUGUCGCCACGCCUCAUCUAUGAGCGGUUUAAUCUAGGCGAUGGGGAGUGCCUGCCUGAUGAUGUUAUUGCAUUCAUCCAUGCAGCUGAUACAGCUUUCUUGUCGACAUCUUACGUGGCCGCUCAGGGGGAUGAGGACACUUAUCCUUCUCGAGUUGGCGUCAACCAUAGAGGGGGUCGCCCAGGAUUCGUUCGAGUCAGACCUUCUGAUAGGAAGACUCUUGUGCUUCCGAAUUAUGCCGGAAAUCGCAUGAUGAACUCAUUAGGCGACAUACACAUCACACCAGUUGCUGGAAUCGUUUUCCCAUCGUUUUCCACUGGAUCAAUCCUGCAUGUCACCGGAAAAGCGAAGACCCUGUAUGGUGCAUCUGCACGAGCAUUGAUGCCAAAUAUGAAUAUCAUUUCCACCAUCUACGUCACUGGAUUCUCCUUUAUCGAAAAUGCUAUUCCGUUGAGGGAGACAGGGACAGCGGAGCGUAGCCCCUACAGCCCACCCGUCUGCUACUUAGCGGAAGAAAAACCACCAUCUGUAUCAUUCGCGGACAUCACACUCAACCUGAUAAAGACGCGAGUGCUGAAUGACACUCUCAUCACCCUCACGUUCGAGUCAUCACGGCCUGUGGAUAUCCAUCCAAGUCAAAAUUGCGUGCUGGAGUUGUCGGAGUUCCUGCGCAAGCGCUCACACGCGCUUUUAGACUGGGAGGAAGAUGAGAGCACAGUUAACGAUGACUGUGUUCGUACUUGGACAAUCUCCACGCUUCCAACCUCAGAUGCACCUUGCAUUCUUUCUAUCACAAUGAGAGCGAUCAAAGGCGGUCUUAUCACUCCCAUUUUAUACCAGCUUGCUAGGAGUGUUGAUCCGCAGCUGACUGGAGAAGACAUUGAUGUCGCAGAAUUGAAAGUCUGCGCUCGACUGCGAGGUGUCGGGGGCGAUCUUCCUGUCCCGGAGCCGCUAGCAGCAUGCGACGGUGGACGGCGGCUGCUGUGGAUUGCUGGUGGAAUUGGCCUUACUCCUUUCCUGAGCUUAACUCGUCACGUGGCAAAUCUCGCUGCCCGGGGAUUCGGCGUCUGGGAUGUGACGCUCGUCCUUUCAUCGCGGGAGCCGGAAGUUAUGCUCGGCUUGAUUGGAGAAGCGUUUGCGGACAUGUCAUCCGGCAAAAACGGCGGCGGCCAGUCGCCCCCUGACCUGACAUUCUCCAUUCAUGUCUAUUCCUUAAGGCAAUUCCAGUUGCCUUGGUCUUUCCCGCCGUUCGUCUCGCUGGUCACGCAUGAAGGACGCCUUGACGACAAUGGAACUUUGUUUGGCAGUGUAGACGCAAAGUUUCGGGAAUCGCAUAUCUGCGGCCCGUUGCCUUUCGUUCUGAAUGCUAUGAAGUCACUCCAAGCUGCUGGAGUCGACCCGGAGCGCGUAAAGCGAGAGAGAUUCACAUAUUGA